CGGACGGGCCCCAGCAAGAAGGGAGAUGGUGUAUCCCGGCCCUGAGCAUGUUCCCAUCCCAACCUGUGCUUUGUUCUGUCAGUGUUAUAGGUUCCAGCUCCAUCAUCACUUACGCCAUCUUUCAAAAUGUGGUGAGAUCCCCCGAGGUUCGCCCUCUUUUCUACCUGAGUCUCUCUGACCUUUUUCUGGGCAUGUGCUGGAUCGCCGGAGCACUGCUUUAUAGCACACCAACCUCCAAGCAGGAUCUCAUCUGCUACAACCUGCAGGCAAUGGGACAAGUAUUCUACGUGGCCUCUUUUCUAUACACCACCAACUACACUUGGCAUCUGUACAUGGACCUGAAGAUGAAAUACAAUCAGAACCUUAACAGGAUGCCUCCCACAGCUGUAGAUUAUGCGAGUUGCAUUGGCCGAGUAGCAACGAUUUUGUCCAGCCUGAUCCCUUUUCUUCUAAUGGUGCCUGUGUUUUGCCUGGGCAACAGCAGUAACUGCUACCAGAACUUCAGUCAAAAGCAUGGGUGUCUCUUGAUGCACACAGAAAUGGCUGAGCCCACCAACGAGCCGCUAACGCUGAGCAGCUCUGUUUGCCGUGCAAUGCAUUUCUAUGGCAUUGGGGUCUUCCUUGUUUCCUUUCUUGUCAGCUUCAUAGCCAUUCUGGUUGUACUCAUUCAAGCCCGAGGUUUGUACAAAAGGUUUGUAAACUCCACGGGAUUCCUGGGAGAUCAGCAGUGGGCAAUGAUUAAGAUGGUGGAACAACGAGUGGUUUUUUACCCUAUCGCAUUCUUCUGCUGCUGGGCCCCAGCUGUCCUCCUUGGAAUACUGAAGCUGACAGCUUCAACAAGCAGCAAAAUCUACAUGGCUCUUCUCAUUCUACAGGCACUGACAGCAGCUUCCCAGGGACUUCUGAACUGCAUUGUGUACGGCUGGACACAGCACGUCUUCAUCUCCCUCAAACGCAACAUCUGCCGCGAUGUUGACACUCAGACUCCUCUCCUGCGCUCUCAGAAGAAAUUCUAUGCCAGCACACUCCCUGCCAGCCCUCCAGAUACUGAGGUGUCCACAUCUACCCUGCUCUGAUGAGUUCCUGCAGCAAAAAUGAGAGAAGGCAGCAUCCCAAUGGGCCUCGUCGUAUUUUAGCAAUGUCAGCCAGCACAGCUGUUGGGCUGUCUUGGUGUGAACUGUUUUGUCAUCAGCACAGUUAACUGUAGUGCUAUGAGAGCCCAAGCAGAUCUGUCAGAAAAGCACUUUCAGUGAAGAUAGUUAUUUAUUUUACAGGUUUCUAUGGACUUGAAAGGGAUUCUUUAAACCUGAUAAAUUUUUAGCACAGGCUUUCUCCUCAUGGAAAUAUCUCUAGAAAUACAGCAAAUUAUGUGUAACAACUCCAAGACUAUACAGCUCCUUAGAGGGCGUGUGGUCAAAGGAUGUUUUACUUUUCUAAGUGUUUGUCAGGUAUUUGCCAUUACAAGUUAACAUUAAAGCAAAGAUGAAUAUUUUUAAA